AUGGCUGAGCAGACGAAGUUUAAAAAAAUGUGGAAAAACAGAUGUACUCAACUCCAAGCCAAAUACAAUUUCUCACUGAAACUGGUUUACGUUCUUAUCCGCGCUCUAGGUGAUGCCGUGGUCAUUACCACAGGUUAUGCUGUGGUCAUUACCACAGGUGAUGCCGUGGUCAUUACCACAGGUGAUGCCGUGGUCAUUACCAGAGGUUAUGCUGUGGUCAUUACCACAGGUUAUGCUGUGGUCAUUACCAUAGGUUAUGCUGUGGUCAUUACCACAGGUGAUGCUGGGGUUACUACCACAGGUGAUGCUGGGGUCACUACAACAGGUGAUGCUGUGGUCAUUACCACAGGUGAUGCUGUGGUCACUACAACAGGUGAUGCCGUGGUCAUUACAACAGGUGUUGUCGGAUUCACUACAACAGCUGAUGCUGUGGUCACUACAACAGCUGAUGCUGUGGUCACUACAACAGGUGAUGCUGUGGUCACUACAACAGGUGAUGCAGUGGUCACUGCAACGGUACUGCAUAAAUCAAUAGUACCAAAAGAAGUAAAGAGAGGUUCAGAAGUUACUGUUUUCUGUGAUUCUGAUCUUGCCGGUGUCCCUGAAAAUGGCAGUUAUGAUGGCAUUUUUGCGUUACAUUUGAGUUGGAACAAACAAUCCUUUUUCCAGUACAGUACCAAGCCUCCUUAUGAAAAAAAACAUGAUAUAAGCUAUUGGUGGCGUACUAGGGUUUCUGGACAGGAUCCCAAAAACAGAUUAGGAUUUUUCGAUAGUAAAAUAUUCAGGCUGGAAAUCGAUGUGGUAAAAAUCACUCCCGAUGACGAAGGCGAGUUUUGCUGCUCUAGCUACAUCGUCAAGGACAGAAAAAUACAAUUGGCUUCGGAACGUUGUGAGGACGUUAUAGUUACACAUCACUCCAUAUUAGAAGGAAUGGUAGAUCCACAUUUUCCAUCAGUCUUGAAUUUGACUUCAUGUACCCCUGAGUUCGCAGGAAUUCCUGAUACAGCAACAGAGAUGGAAAACAUGUCGUUCUUCUGGCAAAAUAAAGAUUUCUAUCCGAACGAAUAUUUUUUGUAUACAUUAAGAACGUAUUCGUAUCCUGGUCAGCACAGAAACCCCAAUCUAGCACAGUACCCAGACGUAAAUCUAAUCAAACCUAGAGGAAAAGAUCAUUGGCAAGUGCGCCCUGGUUAUCGACAGUUAAAGCCCAACAUGAGAAUUGACACACGUGGAACGCAGCUUCUUUUGUUAAUUUAUGGCCUACGACCUCAAGACGCUGGCUGGUACUGUUGCAGUGUAACUUACUUUGACGAAGCUGAUGCUAAACGUUUAGCCCACAGGUGUCAUUAUUUAUCAGCUUCACGUAUUCAAGGCAUGGAAUACUCAACAAACGGGAGCUCAAUCAAGAUAGUUACCGAUAGUCUAAUAUUCGGGUUGCUGAUUUUCUUUUGGACUCUGCUACACAUUUAUAGAAGUAAUAUAUGA